AAUUCCAUCCCCAAUUAUCACAACAUUGGAAGAACAGAUUUCUGUACUUUUGAAGGAAGAAAUAUUGACCGAUAUUGAAUUUGAAUUCAAAAAAAGUGACGGAGAAAUUUUGAGUUUAAAAGCACAUAAGUUAGUGCUCGGAAUUUUUUCCGAAUACUUCAAGAAUUAUUUUCACGAAAACAAGGAAGCAUUGAUGGUUAUCGAUAAAUUCGAUUAUGAUGUUUUCAAAAAUUUUAUAAGUUUUGUAUAUAACAAAAGCUUAAAUUUGAAGAAAAUGUCAAUUAAUCUCAUCAUGAACAUUUAUUCAGUGUUUCAUUUCUACAAAGUAAAGGACGGUUUGAAAUACAUUCAGUUCUAUUGUCAAGAGAAAAUUCCUAACAUUGACAAAAAAAUAUUGCUCGAGAUGAUUUUGUCUAUUCGAAAAAAAUCAGUUGACUUACCUGACAAAAAAUUGCAAAAGAUUUACGAAGCAAUCAUCAUCACUCAUGCUAAAAGUGUAGUUGAAGAUUGUAACAUAAACAGAAUUUCAAUCGAUCUUGCAAGUUCUAUACUCAAUAUUGCAUUUGGACAAUUAGAUCAUGAACCUCAAACGUGUUUUGCUGCUCUUGAACGUGCCUUUAAAAAGUUUGGAGUUUCCAGAAAAAUAUUCAAUUUGAAGUUUAAUUUUGCUAUGGGUCAUUGCAGAUGGCACAAACUCUCUGUGGUUAAUAUACUCAACUCAAAGGUAUUUACAAACGAAACAAAAGUUAGCAUUCUCCAACAAAAAAAUAAAAAAAACGAACUUAAAGCCAAAGUUGAUAUGUUUCCAAAAGAUGAAACCAUCGAGAUUGACGUGCUAAACUGUGAACACACAAAACAAAUGAGCAAAUUGUUGGCACAUGAAAUAUCUCAAGACGUUUCUUUCAAAAUUGGCGAUCAAAUUAUUACAGCUCACAAAGCCAUCCUUCUAAUGAAUUCGGAAGUUUUUGAUGCAAUGUUCUUUGGCGAGUUAAAAGAAACCGGAACAGUUGAAAUAACCGACAUAACCAUCGACAUCUUUCAACUUAUGAUCAAACUUUUAUACUUCCAACCUGUCGAUUUAUCCAAAGAAUCUUCCGAAACUUUGUACGAUUUGUAUGCUGCUCUUCACAAAUAUCAAUGUCACAAUGCUCUCGCUUACCUCCAACGCUUCAUCUUACAUCGCCACGAAGACAUUUUCCUCUUUUACGAAAUGGCCCAAAGUUUCUUCGAUCCAGAAUUGGAAGCGAAAUGUUACGAACGUCUUCAAUCUCCUUCAAAAGCUGUGAACAGUGUUUAUUUCAUGAACGCCAAGCCAGAAACUGUCAACGCAAUUUUCACUCGAGAUGAUCUCAAAGAUUUCCCUGAUGCUGCCCGUUUACGCGCCAUUGAAUGGUACAUUGAUGGAAACGAGAAAAAAGAUCCGGCAAUCAAAUAUCGCAUCAUGAAGUCGACGGAAAAUAUUAAUUUUGAAAAUAUCGAAGCUUAUGAUUUGUUACGCAGCGAUUCGUUGACCGACAGACAAAAAGUCGAAUUUUACGCUAAAAAACACAAUUUUGUGAAAAAAGGUCGUAAGUUCAUUCAAAUUUAAAUGAAGUUUUUUUUUGAAAAAAUAA